AGCAACUAGUAUGACAAGUCCAAGUACUCCUGAUAUAUUCUUCGAGGUGGCGACAAAGUCAAAGUAUCUUUGUUGAAGAAAGGGCGUAUCUAUGUUUCCUUGAUUGAUAACAACUUCAACUACUGCAGCAAGUAUAACAAUCCAAGAGAGGCACAACCAAUAUGAGGAUAGAGCUUUCUGGCGGUGCAGUUUCGUCCGCCAGCGCAGGAGAUGACACGAGGACAACCAUGUUGCAGAUAAAAGAGCAGACGAAAACGGGAACGGCCGAGCCGUCCUCAUGUUCGCCACGGAGAGGACAGCGUUCUUCUGGGGCGCGCCGACGAUUGGUGCGCACUCUUGCGUCCAUCGUGCCGUUUAUCAGCGGCAGCGGUGCAGUGCCGUCUCCCGAGUGGUAUCUCCCAGGUGUUACACCUGUGCAAUACCAGCAAGGACAGAAGAUACCUCUCUUUGUCAACAAGCUGACGAGUGUGAAGACACAACUACCCUAUCGCUAUUACACACUACCCUACUGUCCACCGGCAAAUUUGCGUGAAAGCAAGCUAUGGAAUUCCUUUUCUACUAGAAGCGAAACUUGUUGUUUGUUCAAUCCUACAUGUUCAUCGGGUAGAGGAAAUCAUCCAAAUGUAUUUGUUGAUAGUACAUUUCCAAAACUACAACAUCUUCGUCUAAUCAUCGGAAAUCUUGGCGCCUCACUGAUGGGUGACGUAGUCGAAAACUCGCCGUACGACAUCAAGAUGCUGCAGAAUACGAAUUGUAUGAGUCUGUGCAGCAAGGCACUGACAGCAGAGGAUAAAAAUUGAGGCUCAGAAUAAUUCUUUAUCUUCACAGCCCACUUGUCUUGUCUCAGUGUCCUUCUUGGAUUCUGAGCCUGUGAAUGUAGAGGAUGAAUUAUUGUGAGCGCUAAGACAAGCUGUUCAAAUUGAUGAUUGAUGAGGAUUACCAGGUGAACUGGAUCCUGGAUAACCUGCCAGGAACUACGAAGUACGCGCGAAAAAACAGCGUAGCAACGACAGGUACUACGGAGGACUCCUCGUUCACCUACAUGGUCGGCUUUCCAGUCGGCUUGGAACAAAGAGGUCGCUACUUUCUCCACAAUCAUGCGAAGAUUAUCAUCGAGUACCACUCGUCGCCAAACGAAUUCAGUGGGUUUCGCAUUGUGGGCUUCGAGAUCGAGCCCCACUCCUUGGCGAACCAGGGCAGUGAAUGCGCGGACGGACCGAACGCCCCAGUGUUGGACAUUGACGCCACGGAUGCGGUCAGUUUUACCUACGACGUGCUGUGGAAGUACUCGGAGGACACCUGGUCCGACCGCUGGGACCGCUACAUGCGUGGAGCGAAGGGCAAGAUCCACUGGUUCAGCAUCCUGAACUCACUCAUGAUCGUCCUGUUCCUCAGCUCCAUGGUCGCGAUGAUUCUCCUGCGUACACUGCACCGCGACAUUGCGCGCUAUAACGAGAUCGCUACUAGCGAAGACGCAGCGGAAGAAACUGGGUGGAAGCUGGUGCAUGGCGACGUCUUUCGCCGCCCACCCCACUCCAAACUUCUGGCGGUCAGUGUCGGCUCUGGGGUACAGAUUCUGGGCAUGAGCUGUGUCAUCAUCGUCUUCUCGUGUCUGGGGCUGCUCUCCCCGCAGUACCAAGGCUACCUGCUCCAGUCGAUGCUGAUGCUCUUCGUUUUCAUGGGCAGUCUCGCGGGUUACUACUCGGCGCGCCUCUACAAAAUGUUCAACGGGCAAGACUGGAAAGCGACGACGCUUCUCACCGUUAUGCUUUGUCUGUGGACUUCGACGUGAUAGUCAAAAUUCGAUUUUUCAUUGAGGGUAGUUACAAAAUUUCAAGUCCUCUGUUAUCGUCACCACGAACUUCGUCUACGGUUUGCUGGAAUUGUAACUACUCUCAUAGUAGUUAAUAUCUUCGACUUCGAGGAUGAUGCUGAUCCUGAUGCUCGUCCUCCUGAAGAUGUUAUUGUUAAAAAGUCCCUAAUAUAAUAUAGUUACACAACAACAACUCCUUUAUCCUCAACCGGUCAUAAAGCUCCAGCUCUAAUAUCGCGUUUUGGUUCCCGGGAGUUGCAUUCGGGGUCUUCUUCAUCAUCAACCUUUUUAUCUGGUACACCGGGAGCAGCCGCGCCGUACCCUUUGCAACCAUGUUCAACCUGCUUCUUCUCUGGUUCGGCAUUUCCGUUCCCCUGGUUUUUCUUGGUGCGUAUGUCGGAUAUCGGCGUGACGCCAUCGAACUACCAGUCAGGACGAACGCGAUACCACGUCACGUCCCGGUUCAACCGUGGUUCACAAAACCGCUGAUCACAAGUCUCAUCGGAGGAGUGUUGCCCUUUGGCGCGGUUUUCACCGAGUUGUUCUUCAUUCUAUCCUCGAUAUGGCAGCACCAGUUCUACUACCUCUUCGGAUUUUAUGGCAAGGAAAAGGAAAUUGUACUUGUGUGUAAAACUUUGAAAUUACUGACAUAAUUGUCAUAGUUUUGGUGAUGGGCAGUUGAAGUGGUAUCUCCAGCUCUUAAGGCUGGUAGUUCUGUAUUUCGUCACUUUUAAACACACUGGCAAUCAUGCUGGUGUUCGAAUAACUACAAGUUAUUCUUGAACAACAUCAAUCUGGAACUACCGGAGAAAUUACUACUACUCACAACCACCUCGUCCACUCCCCAAGAUGAUGCUUCUAACUACCUCUCUUCUUGGUGCUUAUCAUCCUUGUGGUCACGUGUGUGGAGAUUUCGAUCGCGCUAGUGUACUUUCAGCUCACUUCCGAAGACUAUCAUUGGUGGUGGCGCAGUUUCUUCGCUAGCGGCUCAUCUGGGCUUUAUUUAAGGCUUGUACAAAAAAUGCAUAUCAAUGACAACAUCGAUCCACUUUUUUUUCAACUUCAUCUGACGCAAAAAAUUGAUAUUGUCCUGACAAGUUAGUGCUUGCGCUUGGGUAAUCCCCGCCUUUGUUCUCGUUGUGCUCUAAUUUCCGUUUUCCUCUACGCUUUGUUGUACAAGGCAACGCGUAUGCAGAUCGACGACUUCGUGCCUUCCCUGGUGUACGUCGGCUAUAUGGCCUUGAUGUCAUAUGGGUUUUUUCUCCUCACAGGCGCCGUUGGGCUCAUGGGCGCUUUCGCUUUUGUGCGAGUUAUAUACGGAAGUAUCAAGAUCGACUAGAAGAAGCGUUGAUUUAGAUGAGGAAUUUCGGGUUGUUGGCCUCGUCGUGACGGAUACACGAAUUAUAGUUCUGAAAAACAAGUUAAACAAGUUAGUACAUGAUGCAGAAACACGACCAAUCAAUCAUAUCGAUCAGAAAACAAAUUGAAAUAAUUAGAAUUAGUGCUAUGGGUCGAGCCAGAAACGCCGGUAGGCAUCUUGUAUCAAUUCUAUAUUCUCUGUUGUUGCUUAUGCUUUUGAUUUCAUCCUGCUUGAACAUUGUUGUGUUGCCUUGGUUUGUUUAUCUCGUUUUCCAACAAAUAAAUGUUAGGUACAUUUAUUAUAGUUUGGACUAAGAGUUCUUUUUAUUUUUUCAGGACAUCAAGUAGUAGGACGAAGAACUACCUUCUAGACGCAGCGUCUGCCGUGCUUACAACUACGUUUGACGUAUUUUGCAAAGCCGAGGAUGAAACCUUCCUCGUCUGUUUUCAUUUCGCAACAAGGACUGCGACUGUGGUUGACGCAUCCGUUGUGGAUGUAAUCUUUAUCCUUGCAACAACAACAGCACUUCUCUAUCUCUCCCCACUUGAAGAUUAUCUUUUCCCCGAUGCUCGCAGAUGUAAAAACCUUCUCCUUCUCCAAAAUGAAAUGUAGUGCGAACUAUUACAACUCGAAUUCAGAUUCACAAAACACUGCAGGCGUAAAGAUAGCAGAGUCACUUUUUUUGUAGUUUUUUGGGGUAACAACACCUGAUGGUGAAAAAGAUCUGUCAUGCAGCAACGACAGUACCAUAGGACUGAGGAUGUAUUUGAAGAAUUGGAAU